AUGUUGAAAAGUUCAGGAAAUAAGUUUGCAUAUUUUUCAGCUUCAUAAAUUUUUCAGAUAUUUCAAUUGCGUUUUUAUCUAACAAUUAAAACAACAUAAACAUUGAUUAAGAAUUUGUUUUUUUAAUUAAAUUGUCAAAUCCCUUUUAUUAGUAAUUUAUAAAGUGUAAAAUAGUUACGAUUAGUUUAUCUCAAUUAGUUAAUGUUGUUAAACGUUGAUUAUAAAUUAUCAAUUAAAGUGUGAAAAAUAACCGAAAAAGUGUCAUCAUGUUUUCGGGUUAUUUAAAUUUCAUCAAUUUAAUUGUGAUUUUGUUGAGUUUUUUUGUGGUGAAAAAACUUUUCGAUUUCAUCAGAUACUUGAAACCUUUUUUAAAACUUCCAAAGGAUCCAGAAUGUUCAUUCCUAUUUGGUGAUCUACUUACACUUAAAUCUGCUUUUUUGAAUAAGAAAUUGACAUCAAUUUAUUUAACCAAGUAUUUAAUUGAAAAUGCUGCUUAUCAUCAAAUUAAAUCCGGUGUACAUGUAUUUUGGCUCGGGUGGUGGCCCUUUGUUUUCAUUAAUGAUCACAAGUCUGUUGAGGCACUGAUUAGUAAAAGUCACAUAACUAAGCCCUAUUUAUAUGGAUUUAUUGGACUAAAGGAAGGGUUGGUCACUUCGAAAGGUGAAAAGUGGAAAAUGCGACGAAAAAUGAUUGAGCCUUUUUUCGUUAGUAAACAACAGAAAAGAUUUGCAGUAACUAUGGACGAAGUGUUUGAUUCGUUGAUAAAUAAGGACGAUUUUUGUGAAGAGGGAAAAUACUCAACGUUAGCUGAUCAAAUUCAUCUAUCAACAUUCGAUAUCAUCUUUAAAGUAACCGCAGAUUUACCGAUAGGCGCUGAAAGAGAGGAAAAACUUCAUAUGAUGGAUGCCAUCGAAUUCAUGGAAAUGAUAAUGAUAGAGAGAGCAUGUAAUCCACUUUAUUGGAUAGAUCGCAUUUUCUUUUUAACGAAAUUGGGUAAAAAAGUUACCAGCAUGACCAGCAGAGGUUACAAAUUUUUCGAAAGCGUUGUUAACAGAAAUCUUGACGAAAACUCCAAUAAAAUUGAGUCGAGUACACUUUCAUCAUUAAAUUUGGUGAAUAUGUUAGCUGGUUCUAGCCGAGGUAAAAUCGAUUCAGAAGGAAUAAGCGAAGAGCUGUUGACAACGGCUGCAGCGGGACACGAGACCACGGCCACUGCUCUCAACUUGAUACUGUUCAUCUUAGGAAACCGGCCUGAGAUCCAAGAAAAGUUAUAUCAAGAAAUUUCAUCGGUGUUUGAUAACAAUGACUCAGUCAAUGAUAUUGAAAAGGUUAAUAAGUGUAAUUAUCUGGAUAAGUGUAUCAAAGAGUCAAUGAGACUUUACCCACCAAUACCAUUGAUAGCAAGAGAAUUAGAUGAACCAAUGGAGAUUAACAGUUACUAUUUGCCAAAAGGAACCACUGUCGGGGUCAACAUUUUCAGCAUUCAACGAGAUCCUCGAAUUUAUCCCAACCCGACUCAAUAUGAUCCAGAGCGUUUUGAUCUAUCAAAUUUACCAAACAUUCCCAAAGGAGCUUAUAUACCUUUCGGAGUAGCACCAAGAAAUUGUAUCGGUUAUCGAUUUGCUUUAAUCGAAAUGAAAAUUUUUCUUAUUCAUUUGAUAAGAAGAUAUGAAAUUUUCUCAGCCAAGAAACUCGAAGACGUUUCUUUUAGAACGGAAUUCACUUUAAAACCCUCAUGUCCACUGGAAAUCAUGCUUCGAAAACGAAAUCUCAUGCUCGCUUAUGCUGAUGAUAAUUUGAAAUUUCCUGAAACGACAACUUCAACAAUUCCGUUGUAUUUGAAUAAAUGGAGCGCGAUUAGUCCCAAGGAUGGUCUUAAACUUAUUUUUGAGACAAUUUUAGUACAGGCCAACACCAUUGAUCGUGCAUCUUUCCCAUUUAAUCAAGAGUUUUGUCCAAAUGAGAGAGUUGCCUUUGAUACUUUUCGUAGAGAUAACUAUUAAUAAUAAAUAAAAGUGAAUGCAACUUAUUUGGGACACCAUGAUGCUCUGACCCAGGCCAACUUUUUACAAGCUGUCCGAUGGUAUAAACAGAUAUGUCAUAAACUCGCGAGUUUUAAUGUUAUUCAAGUUUCUUUAUUUAUUAUUACUGAUAUAACAUGAGGCAAAUAAUGUGCGAUUUACACCAAGUAGAUCCAAUUAGUACAAUUUCAGCCCAUUUUCAUACGGAUAAGAGUAAUGUCAAUUCUUGUAUGAUUAACAAUUUCAUUAACUAUAAAAUGUAACUUUUGGCAUUCAUGUAAUUCAUGUAAUUUAUUAGCACAUUCACGCGAUUCAUGGACUUUUGGCCUCUUUUCCCAUCAUAUGCAAGUCCAACAAUGUGAUCGAUUCUUGUCAAUGGCUCUCUGUGCUCAGGUUAGUACGAAAACAAAUUAGUUAUUAAUUUAACAUGAUCGACUUGUAGAGUAAGAUUUAUGUUCUUAAUUAAUAUUAAAAUGAAUAAUUUUCAGUCCAGAUUGUGGUCAUUUCGAGUCUCGCUGAAACCGUUUUCAUCAGUUUUACUCUGAUCGCGCGUAUAAGGAUCAUGACAAGACUCAAGUGUGUAAUAAUUUAGAUUGAUCAGACUAGUAAAUUUAAUUUCCACUGAAACAUUUGAAUCAACUUCAUUUACGAUAAGAAAAAUUCAAGGUAAAUCCAAAUAAU